AUGGAGUUGGUGCGGCGCCACCGUUUCGUGCCGCUGGCUGAAGAUGGCGAGCGGCUCUCCAUCGUGGUGGUGCCUCCGGUAGUCGAAUCCGAGGUGGACCGGCUCGAGCUGCUGCUCCGGCGUCCCAUCGUCGUGCAUGUGGGGGAUCCGGCACAGAUCGAUACCAUCAUCGAAAGGAACACCAACUCCAGCUUCCUGCUGGACCGCGCGUCCGAGGAUCUGCGGAUCGAGAGGCUCGAACGCGGCGACGGAGGUUCCGGCCCGCCGCUCAUUUCACUCGACACACUGGAAGACGGUCAGACCGGCAGCCCCGUGGUCCGACUGGUGGAUUCGCUGCUCGUGAACGCCAUCGAGCGGCGCGCCACCGACAUCCACAUCGAGACCAAGUCCGGGGAGGUCGUUCUGAAGUAUCGGGUGGACGGCAUUCUCUAUCCGGCGAUGGAGCCGGUGGACCGGGCGCACCAUCAGACGAUUGUCGCCCGGCUCAAGGUGAUGGCGGAACUCGACGUCGCGGAGCGCCGGGUACCGCAGGAUGGACGGUUCCGGGCGGUGCUUCCCGGCGGAGGCGAUCGCAGUCCCCGAACCGUGGACUUCCGGGUUUCGGUCAUGCCGAGCGUGCACGGUGAAGACGUCGUCAUCCGGGUGCUCGACAAGCGCAGCCUCGGGACCCGCUUCGAGGCGCUGUCGCUGGAAGCGCUCGGGUUUUCGGGCCGGGAGCUCGGGCUCCUGCGCGAACACGCGCGCCGACCCUUCGGAAUGCUGCUCGCCACCGGCCCCACCGGAAGCGGCAAGACGACGACCCUCUACGCCGUGCUCUCCGAGAUCGCGACCGCGGAGGAAAAGUUCGUCACCGUCGAGGAUCCCGUCGAAUACGAGAUCGCGGGAGUCACCCAGGUUCCGGUGAACGAGAAGAAGGGCCUCACUUUCGCUCGCGGCCUACGGUCCAUCCUGCGACACGACCCGGACACGAUCAUGGUGGGCGAGGUUCGCGAUCCGGAGACGGCCUCGAUCGCGGUCCAGGCAGCGCUGACCGGGCAUCUGGUCUUCACCACGGUGCAUGCCAACCACGCGCUCGACGUGGUGGGGCGCUUCCUGCACAUGGGGGCGGACCCUCACAAUUUCGUUUCCGCACUGAACUGCAUCGUGGCUCAGCGGCUGGUCCGGGUGCUGUGCCGCGCCUGCCGCCAACCGGGGGAACCCGAUGCGGCCGAGCGGGAGGCUCUGGUGGAUCUCGCAUCGCGACCGGACCGGCUCUUUCGGCCGCGGGGCUGCCGGAAAUGCGACGGAGCGGGGUACCGGGGACGAACGGUGGUAGCCGAGAUUCUGUCGCUCAGCUCUCGGGUUCGGGAACUCAUCCUGGCGCGGCAGGGAGGUCCCGCGAUCCGGGCGCAGGCCGAAGCGGAAGGGAUGGUUUCGCUGCGCCGGAAUGCUCUCGAACUCGUGGCGCGCGGAGUGACGACUCUCUCCGAGGUCGAUCGGGUAACGGCCCGUGAGACCUGA